AUGGCUACCUUCUCUUUUAUUUCUAUUUUAUUGGCUCUACGCUUCUUUCUCACCGUUUCUGGUGCACCUGCUCCCUAUCCGUCUGAUGCAGCGACUUCAGCAACGUCGGCUUCCAGCAAUUAUUGGAUCGCCACAAUUCAACGACAAGGUGCUCCCGCUUAUGGUGAUGCUUCAUAUCAAAUUUUCCGAAAUGUUAAGGACUUUGGUGCUGUUGGUGAUGGUGUAACUGAUGAUACCGCUGCUAUCAAUGCUGCAAUUUCUGCUGGUAAUCGCUGUGGUAAAGGCUGCGAUUCAACCACCCUUACUCCUGCUCUUGUUUACUUCCCACCUGGAACAUAUGCCAUCUCAACCCCCAUCAGACAACAGUAUUUCACGCAACUCGUUGGUGAUGCUAUUACUCUCCCAACAAUUAAAGGUCUUGCCAACUUUGCUGGUAUGGCUUUGCUCGAUGCAAACCCAUAUGAUCCUCAAUACAAUUGGUUCACCAACCAGAACAACUUCUACCGUCAAAUUAGGAACUUUGUCAUCGAUAUGACUGCCAUGCCUAUCUCAACUGGUAGCGGUAUUCAUUGGCAAGUUGCUCAAGCUACAUCAUUACAAAACAUUGUUUUUAACAUGAGGACUGAUGGUGGAACCGACAACAAACAACAGGGCAUCUUCAUGGAUAAUGGUAGUGGUGGUUUCAUGGCCGACUUGACAUUCAAUGGUGGCAAAUAUGGUGCUUUCUUGGGCAGCCAACAGUUUACUUCCCGAAAUUUAACCUUCAACAACUGUCAAACGGCUAUCUAUUUGAACUGGGCCUGGCUCUGGACAUUUCAGAACCUUAAGAUCAACAACUGUGGUAUUGGACUUGACAUGUCGGCAGGCGGUGCAGCAAGCCGCGCAGCUGGAUCAGCCACAAUUAUGGACAGCACAAUCACAAAUACUCCCAUCGGCAUAUCUACUGUUUACGAUAUCAAAGAAGCUGGAACCAACGGUACUCUUGUUAUCGAUAAUGUCGACUUCUCCUCAAAUGUUCCAGUCGCCGUCUACGAUGCCACUGCCAAGUCCACCAUUCUUGCAGGAAACACCAAGAUCGCAUCCUGGGCACAAGGAAAGGUCUAUACUGGUGUUAAUGCUGGCCAAGCUACGCAAGGAACUCAAGAUGUCGUCACCAAACCUGCAACUCUCUUGGAUUCUACUGGCAAAUUAUUCGGACGCACCAAACCACAAUACGAGACUUUACCAGCCUCAUCAUUUUUGAGUGUCAAAUCUAAUGGAGCUAAAGGUGAUGGUGUUACUGAUGAUACUGCUGCCAUUCAAGCAAUUUUCGACAAGGCUACCACUGAUCAGAUUGUUUACUUUGAUCAUGGUGGAUAUGUUGUCACUGAUACCAUCAAGGUUCCAAAGAACAUCAAGAUUACUGGUGAGAUCUGGCCUAUGAUCAUGGCGAAGGGAUUCAAUGAUCAAAGCAACCCAAAGGCAGUCUUUCAAGUUGGUCAACCUGGUGAUACUGGCUCUGUCGAGAUUUCCGAUAUGGUUUUCCAAACCAUCGGACCAGCCGCCGGCGCUAUCCUCGUUGAAUGGAAUGUCAAAGAGGCUUCGCAAGGUUCAGUUGGAAUGUGGGAUGUUCAUACAAGAAUUGGAGGUAGUGCUGGUACUCAACUUCAGUCUAACACCUGCGCCAAAAAUCCAAACGCAACAUAUACUGGAAAUACAGCCUGUAUUGGAGCUUUCAUGCUUCUACACGUCACCGAACAAGCUUCAAUCUACCUUGAGAAUACUUGGUUUUGGGUUGCUGAUCAUGAACUUGAUCUCGGUGAUCAUAAUCAAAUUGACAUUUACAGUGGCCGAGGAGUUUUAGUCGCUUCUGAAGAAGGGCCUGCCUGGAUGUAUGGUACCGCCAGUGAACACAAUGUUCUUUACAACUAUCAGUUGACUAACGCAUCCAACAUCUUCAUGGGGGCUAUCCAAACCGAAACUCCAUACUUUCAAGCCAAUCCCGACGCCUCUGCACCUUUCACUACCAACCAAAAUUACAAUGAUCCUUCUUUUACCGGUGGAACGCUCGCCGACAAAUCAUGGGGUCUCCGCAUCGUUAAUUCUGAGGAUAUCUUCGUCGCCGGCGCCGGUCUAUACUCUUUCUUCGACAACUACGGUCAAAAUUGUUUAUCGACGGGAAAUUGCCAAAGUAACAUGCUUUCGAUUGAAGGUUCGGGCAAUAUUCAUAUCGUUGGCUUGUCAACUAUUGGUGUUGAGAAUAUGGUCACUGUGGAUGGAAAGAGUGGUGCUUUGGAUAAAGAUAACCGUAACACUUUUGCUGCUACGAUUGCUAUGUUCAAGGAGACUGGUACGGGUGUUAAGUGCUAG